AGUAGAUGUUGAAACGGAGCGCGUUGCUCUGCAAGACAAACCGCAUGAUGACGUAACCCUGUUACACAAAGCGAAACAUGAUUUUAUUUCUAAUAAUAGGGAGAAAAUGCCUUAAAUAAAGAGAGUCAUUUUAAACCUGUAAGCUAGUAUUGAUUAUUUGCACAUGUUUUGGUAACGUGAAGGCUAUUUUUGCUGAAACCUUCCGUACCAGGAAGCAGCUGCCUGACCCAACCCGCUCUCCCGGGGGAGGAAACUGCAACACGCUCCUCGGAAAGGUUUAUGUUCUGAACUCCCAGCAAUGUUGAAAUGAAGCUUGAUGAAAAAGUUGUCAGCUUCUUUGAAUCUUGCAACUCCCCUGUGGACAAAGAGGGAUACCUCUCCAAAAAGGGUGAGUUAAAGACUUCCUAUCAGAAGCGCUGGUUCUUGCUGAAGGGAAACCUCCUUUUCUACAAGGAGCGACCGGGGGAGAAGGACGUGAUUGGAGUCAUUGUUCUGGAGGGCUGCACUGUCCAGCUGUGCGAGUCCGAGGAGCAGUUCGCCUUCUCUCUGGUGUGGAGCGAGCCAGGGCUGAGGACGUACAAGUUUGCGGCGGAGGACCAGGCGAGCCAGGAGAGCUGGAUCAAGGCUCUGCUGUCGGCCAGCCACAGCUACCUGGCCCUGCUGGUGGUGGACAUGGAGAAGCAGUACAGAGAUGCAUUGCUUUCUCAUCCCAGUGAAGGCCACAGACCUUUCACGAUGCCAAAUUUCCACUUGGCAGGACCAAACUAUCCCACAACCUCUCCGAGCACAAAUAUUUCCAUCCGGUCUUCAUUUGCAGGCCAGUGUGUGGGACGAGGAGCCUCUCUGAGCUCCAACCAAAUGCUUCAGCCUUCAAACAUUUCAGCAGCCAGAGCAGUUUCUAAGAAAUCGCCCAAACUGUGGCCCAAGAAAAACUCCAACAUGGUGCCUGUCAGGACCCCUGCUCUGCCUAUGUUUGAGUGCUCAGGUCUGUAUUUAGAUCAAGAGGAGGAUUUCAUUAAACUGCAUGAAGACUUUGGAAGGGAAGUAAAGAAACUGAUUGCUGAUUGGUCCAGGAAAAGAGGUGGUGGUGAAGUAGGGCUGGAGGAAACCUUGAUAGAUUUUGGAUAAAGAAAACAAUUUAAGUUCCGAGUUUUUAAUCAUAAUGUGAAAACAUGUUUGCAACAUUUCAAACCUUUGAUGUCAAUAGAAAUUGGAAAAGUUAUUUUUAUUGUAUUUACUAAUUACAAGCACAUUGUUUUGUUUUUCUGCCAUAGAUUAAUCAAUAAACGAUCUAUGAUCUUUUUA